AUGGCCAAACUACAGGCUGCAGCUGUUUCUCGAGUGCCCGUCAAUCGUAAACGGAAACGCUCUUCCAAAGGUCAGGAACCACUGCCGACAGAGACGGCCACGACCAAAAUUCCCACGAAAACUCAUGAUGGAGGCUCGAAAUCUAGAAAACCGAAAGCCACGUCGAGGCCCGCUUUAAGUCGUCGAAGUUCGUCCUCAAGCCUGGUUGAAUCAGAGAUUCCGUGGCCGGAUCACUUCCAGUAUCUCUCCCAGCUGCACCGCGCCUUGAAUAUUGUGUUCACCUUUUGCUGCACCCGAAAGCAUUUCGCGACCACAUGGGACAACAUCAAGAGCGCAGUGGAAGGCCAUAUCAAGAGACCUUUGAUCGAGGAAGACGUGGCGCAGGUCAAGGCCUUGUUGCCACGGGCGAUCAAUUUCACAUAUGUUGACGAGGAACACCUCAUGGUCACGCUCAUGGGCGAAGAAGAUGGCGUCAGAGACGGUAGAGCCGAUCAUUUCCGAUCUUUGGAACAGGAUGAGAGCACUCCAAGGGACAGGCCGGAGCCGACCAAAGAACUUCUUCUGUUCGAGUUUGUGGAUGGCGACCUGAAAAGACAGGUUGUUGACCCCAAGACAGGGCAGCCCACUAAAGCCACCCAAAAGCUGCGUAACGAGGAUCUCAAAAUGCCCGUCUUUAGCCAGAAAUCAAUGCUCAGACUCAUCGAGAAGCGCAAUGCCAAAUUCACGUCUGCCGUCAAUGCGUUCCUCAAUCAGUGUGCCGGAGAGCAAAUGGACCCUGUUAAACAGAUAAUAGACUUAAAACAGCAGUAUAUGCCCUUUCCUUCCACAAGUCGUCUUACAACACCUGGUCCGGAUGAUGGUCUGCCGAAGGCCAUACCCAAGGAGCGAAAGUCGAUAUCAGAAAUUGUCAAAGAAAUUAGUGAACUCGAGUGGUAUACCCACCAGAUCGUCCCAGAUGGACAUCGUGUGUUUGAUCCUCAGCCAGCUAUAUAUGGCGACCUACAUUUUCAGCUGUCGCAAAACCUGGUGAAUGCACUGUACAACAGCAGAGGUAUCACUCAGUUGUAUUCGCAUCAAGCCGAAGCAAUCAACAAUCUGCACGACGGCCACCAUGUGAUUGUGUCAACGUCAACGAGCUCGGGGAAAUCCCUGAUCUAUCAAAUUCCCAUGCUACACGAACUCGAAAAGGACUCCGAAAGCCGUGGCCUGUAUAUCUUCCCGACGAAGGCGCUUGCUCAGGAUCAGCGCAGAAGCAUGAAAGAGCUCCUGAAAUACCUUCCAGGCCUGGAGGACAUGAUGGUGGAAACAUUUGACGGCGACACACCCAUGCGUGAACGAAAUCGGAUUCGAGAUGAAGGUCGCAUAAUCUUUACGAAUCCGGACAUGUUACACAUCACUAUUCUGCCCCAAGAGAGCGGUUGGCGGACAUACCUUCGAAACCUGAAAUUCGUGGUUGUGGACGAGUUGCAUGUGUAUAAUGGUUUGUUUGGUGCUCAUGUGGCCUUCAUCAUGCGACGGCUGCGGCGAAUAUGUGCUGCGGUGGGAAAUCGCAGGGUGAGGUUCAUUUCCUGUUCUGCAACCGUCGCCAAUCCAGAGGAGCAUAUGAAGACGAUAUUCGGCGUGGAUAAAGUCAAGUUGACCGACUUUGACGGUUCUCCAUCCGGGAGGAAGGAGUUUAUCUGUUGGAAUACACCAUUCAAGGACCCAGGCGAUCCCUCGUCAGGCCGUGGUGAUGCAUUCGCAGAGACAGCCCGAUUAAUUUGCCAUCUCAUCCUUCGCGGGGUUCGCACCAUUGCCUUUUGUCGCGUCCGAAAGCAAUGUGAAGUCCUACUGGCAGCAGUGAAAGCCGAGUUCACAAACCUUGAGAGACCAGAAUGUGCUGCUUUGGUCAUGGGUUAUCGCGGGGGAUACUCAGCUCAAGACCGCCGGCGCAUAGAGUCGGAGAUGUUUGGUGGGAAGCUCAUGGGGAUCGUUGCUACCACUGCCCUGGAGCUAGGUGUGGACAUCGGAUCCCUUGAUGCUGUUGUCACAAUGGGCUUUCCAUACACCAUUGCCAAUCUGAGACAACAGAGUGGCCGCGCGGGUCGACGGAACAGAGACUCGCUUUCUGUUCUUGUCGGUGACUGUUUUGCUGUGGACCAGUACUACAUGCAGAAUCCCGACGAGAUCUUCACAAAACCCAACUGUGAACUCCAAGUGGAUCUACAGAACGAACUUGUGGUGGAAGGGCAUAUACAGUGCGCUGCUUUCGAGAUGCCUAUCAAGGCAGACGAAGACGAAAAAUUCUUGGGCAAGAUGCUGGCUGAGAUAUGCACGGAGCGGCUGUCGUAUGACCCCAUGGGAUUUUAUCACUGCAACGAAAGGUUUCGACCACUGCCCUCGAGAUGUGUCCCCAUUAGAGAUACCGAAGACAAUCACUUUGCCGUCGUCGACAUCACACACGGCCGGAACGUGGUGCUCGAAGAAGUCGAGGCCUCGCGGGCCUUCUUCACAUUGUACGACGGAGGGAUCUUCCUGCACCAAGGUCGGACAUACAUAGUGAAAGAGUUCUCGCCUGAACGCAAAAUUGCCCGGGUUCAACUCGUCAAGGUGGAUUGGACCACACAGCAAAGAGACUAUACAGACGUGGAUCCGAUCGAAACCGAACAAGUCCGCCGCGUAUCAGCCAAAUCCCUCACCAAAGCCUAUUUUGGGCGUAUCAAAGUACACGCGGUAGUGUUCGGGUUCUUCAAAGUUGACCAGAAAGGUCGCAUUCUCGACGCGGUCGCCGUGGAAAAUCCACCGAUCAUCAUUCACUCCAAGGGCUUAUGGUUAGAUAUCCCGAAGUACGCAUUGCAAAUACUCAAGGAUAAGCGACUAAAUCUUGCGGCGGGUAUUCACGCGGCAGAGCACGCAUUGAUGUCCCUUAUGCCGCAGUUUGUUGUUAGCAUGCCCGGCGACGUGCGGACCGAAUGCAAAAACGCACUGAAAGAAUUCGCAAAGAAGGAGACUCAACGAAAGAGACCUGCCAGGUUGACCUUCUACGAUGCGAAAGGUGGCCCUGCCGGCUCUGGGAUAGCGGCAAAGGCGUUUGAAUUCAUCGAUAUCCUGCUCGAACGCGCCGUCGCGAGGGUUGCAGCAUGCCACUGUCUCGAGGGCUGUACGGAAUGUAUUUGCGACGAGCGGUGCAAGGAGAAGAAUAUGGUGAUGAGCAAAGCUGGUGCAGAGGUGAUUCUGAAGUCUCUCCUGGGGAUGGAAAUUGACGUCGAUGCCCUCCCCGAGGGCGAGGAGGAGCGGGUUCCCGCGGGCGUGGAGACGGUGGUGUUUGCCACUGAAGUGAUGGGUAAAGAUGGGAGGAGAGUGCUCGAGAAGGACUUUAUCAAGAGAGAAAAGAGCGACGACGAUGCUAUUAUCAUCAAGGAUGAGCCUGAGGACUGA